AUGUCUUUCCAUCAGGACGACAAGCGCAGCGCCUCCUCUGGUGACGCAGAGAAGGGUAUCGACAUCCACGAUGUUGAGGCUAUCGCCCUUCCUGAGUUCGACGACCCGAACAUCGACAAAGAUGCUGCCAUCGCAGGUAUUUUGGAGGACGACUCGCCCUACCCAGAGGUACGAUCAGCCGUCGCUAACACCGAUGACCCGGACAUCCCUGUCUCGACCCUCCGUUCGUGGACUCUUGGCAUUAUUUGGGCUAUCCUCAUUCCCGGUCUCAAUCAGUUCUUCUUUUUCCGGUAUCCCUCCGUCACCGUCACUGGAGUUGUAGCUCAGCUGCUCUCUUUCCCUCUCGGUCGGGCAUGGGCACGGCUUCUCCCAAAUGUGAAGAUCUUUGGCAUUUCCCUAAACCCCGGUCCAUUUUCAAUCAAGGAGCACGUGCUGAUUACAAUCAUGGCAACUGUCGGCGCCUUUUCUGCCUAUGCUACGGACAUUGUUGCCGUCCAAAGAGUGUACUACGGCCAAAUUUACAAUUUUGGCUAUCAAUGGAUGCUUGUUAUGUCCACGCAGCUUAUCGGCUUCUCCAUUGGCGGCAUCGCCCGACGCUUCUUGGUUCAACCACCUUCUAUGAUUUGGCCACUCAACUUGGUGACUUGUGCAUUAUUCAACACGCUCCAUGCGCAAACCUAUGCUGGUAUGGGAAAUCGUGGGGGUGUUUCCCGUGAACGAUUCUUCCUCUAUGCAUUCUUGGCUUCUGCCAUCUGGUACAUCUUCCCGGCAUACCUCUUCCAAGCGCUGUCAUACUUCUCAUGGGUCUGCUGGAUCGCGCCAGACAAUGUCCCCGUCAACCAAAUGUUCGGCUAUGUCCACGGCAUGGGUAUGAGCUUAGUCACCUUCGACUGGGCCCAGAUCGCAUACAUUGGUUCCCCGUUGGCAACACCAUGGUGGGCUGAAGCGAAUGUCACUGCUGGCUUCGUAUUUUUCUUCUGGUUCUUGACACCAGUCCUCUACUACACCAACGCUUGGGACAGCAAGUACAUGCCUAUCUCCUCUCGUGGAUCAUUCGACAACACCGGUGCAGAGUACGAUGUGACCAAGAUCCUGAACGCAGAUUCGACUUUCAACGAGGAUGCUUACAAGGCGUACAGCCCGCUCUUCCUCUCCACGACAUUCGCGCUCUCAUACGGGUUGUCGUUCGCUUCCAUCACUUCUACCCUUACCCAUGCAUUCUUAUUCUUCCGAAAGCAAAUCUGGAAGCAAUCACGGCGCUCCAUUGGCGAGCAGCCUGACAUUCACGCUCGUCUCAUGUCUCGCUACCCACAAGUUCCCGAGUGGUGGUACGCAGUCAUCUUCUUGGUCAUGUUUGGAUUCGGUCUGGCCGUCAUCCUUGGAUGGCCCACCGCAUUCCCCGUCGGGUACUUUAUCCUGGCGUUGGUCAUCUCGUUCGCCUAUGUCAUCCCUAUUGGUAUGAUUCAAGCCAUCACCAAUCAACAGGUUGGACUCAACGUCAUCACCGAGUUGAUCAUCGGUUACGCCCUCCCCGGACGACCCGUAGCGAUGAUGAUGUUCAAGACCUGGGGAUACAUUACCAUGGCACAGGCAUUGCAAUUCACGUCGGACUUCAAGCUUGGCCAUUACAUGAAGAUUCCUCCUCGUCACAUGUUCUGGGCUCAAGUACUCGCUGCCGUCAUUGCCGGAACAGUCCAGCUCGGUGUCCAAGCCUGGAUGUUCACCAAUAUUCCCAACAUGUGUGACCCACAUCAGAAGGAUGGAUUCAUUUGCCCAAGCACAGAAGUAUUCGGCACCGCAAGUAUCAUCUGGGGUGUCAUCGGACCUGCUCGCCAAUUCUCCAAAGGUCAAGUGUACUAUGCGCUCUCGUUCUUCUUCCUGGUUGGCUUCAUCUGCCCCGUCAUCACCUACUUGAUCUCCUUGAAGUGGCCCAACAGUUGGGUCCGCUACGUCAAUUUCCCGGUCAUCUUCUCCGGAACUGGGCUCAUUCCACCUGCAAGCGCUGUCAACUACGUCCCUUGGGCUAUUGUCGGAUUUAUCUUCCAAUACAUCAUGCGCCGUCGACACUUCUCCUGGUGGACGAAGUACAACUACGUCCUCUCCGCCGCUUUGGAUGCUGGAGUAGCCAUCUCUGCUGUCCUCAUUUUCUUCAUCCUCCAGUAUCCCGCCAACGGUACUAUUGGUAUCAAUAACAUCCAGACAUGGUGGGGAAAUAGCGUCUUCCUCAACACCGCUGACGCCGCUGGCACGCCCAUGCUGACAGUUGCAGACGGCGACUUCUUCGGCCCGCGAACGUGGGCGUAA